CAGAGUCUUAAUCAACCAUAGCUGGAAUUGACAAUCCCGGGUGUAUCCCCACUCUAGAUGACGUAGUAACUGGAAGAAGGAAAUGUAAGUCAGUGUUGGUAUCGGUAUAUCACCAUGAUCUCGACGCUCCAGUAGUUCGUAUGAAGCCUUUUGGGAGGUCAAGUGGGCCUGAAGCUGCUAUUAUUGGGGGUACCCUGUUGUCGGUGCUGGACAACCUGACCGAGCAGAACAGGAUGGACGUGGCUAACAGCCUUGAGUAUGCCACCCACGUCGCCCUCCAGAAGACAACAGAGGAUGAAGGUUUUGAGAGGUUCUGGGAUGAAUACAUGAAUUGCCUCUUCAGCAUCGGAUGGGAAAAGAUCAGAGACGAGCAGGCAAAUCUCUCUUCGGACGAGACAACCUCUGACAUCGAGACGUUCUGUGAUUUUGUCAUCGAUGAUAUUAGGAACUACCCACUCUACACCGAAGAGGAAAAGGAUCUUGUCAUUCCAGGGCUCGAGAGCGUCCGGAACCAAACAGACCACCGGGAAUUCUUUCGCAGGUUCACGGUCCGUAAGAGCCGUGGGUUAUUAGGGGUUAACACUGCAUCGGUCGAAGAUGGCGUCCUCAAACUGCGCUAUUCCGGGUUCAUGUUCAGUUGCAAUGCCGAAGUGGAAGAUUAUCUUAACACCAGCACUGCACAUAUCGAAUUCGUUGCCAGAAAAGAAAUUGUCGAGGCUCGCGCGAACCAGGGAACCAUUGAUCGGCUCAGGGCACAGAUCGAAGAGGAACUAGAACAAGCGUCUGGUGACUAUAUCAGCGGGAUUAGUGUUUCCACAGAGGUGGCAACUGAGCAAACCGUUGAAACUGGUCUAUGGCUCUUCGAACCGUGAGAAACCGUAUGCUAUUUUGGAAAGUAACUAGUUCCUACGAGUCACAUGUUCCAGUCAGCCGUGCAUAGUCCCACCGCGAUGUAUGAAUGAGGGUCUACUGUAGUUUUGGAAUUGAGCACACCUAUUACUUAACACCAUGUUGUUAUUGUCUCGGGCCGGCCCUUGCAAAGC